AUGCGGUCACGGUUAUUGUUUACGCUGAGCUUCGGCUGCGCUGGUACCCUGGCGAGCCCAUGCAAGCCUGGUCACAUCGCUGCUACUCCAACCUCCGAUGCCACGUCUUCUCUACUAGCUGACGCUACGACUUCGAUCGUUCCGACUUCAGACAUAAUCACUAUGUCUGCUCUACCGACAACCUCAGAGGCUUCCACCACGUCAUCAGAAUUGACGACUUCCAUCAUUAAGAGCUUGUCAACCGACUCUAUCACGACACUCGAAACUGAUUUCGCGACGUCAUCAUUCGCCUUUUCGGCUACCCUUGAAACAACAACUACAUUACCUACCACGACAUCAGCCGUAGAACCUUUCAGAUUCAAAUUAAUGGGGGAAACUGGGGUCCUCGCCAGAACUGAGAUGCGUGCAGCUGCCGCAGCCCCCUAUGCGUGGACCAUCGGCUUGUUCAGGCAUGACAAACCCACGAUUCUCACAAUGGAAGUCGAGACCGGGCAUCUGCUAUUCGAAGGUCAAAAGCUUUGCGUUGAAACCGAUCUUGCGCCUCAAAACUGGUGGGUGGCCGUUAAGAACUGUCCCGAAACCAUGCUUCCUCAGCACCAGUACGUUGUGUGCGACCCUGUUCAUGUUGAUGGUGAUGAGCUGCGAUGCAGCGUACCACACCAGUUGUGCACACGCGGAGACGGUCCAGGAUUUUCUUGUGAGCACACCGGGGUGCAAUGGACGCAGUUCUACGCUCGCAUUGUGUUCUCGUCGUUUUACACUGUUGGCUUUUUCAACUCAGCCGCUCUGACAUCUCCGUCCGAUCUUCUGCAUGCUCUUAAAUUCGUUGUCAAGGAGGUCUGA